AUGGAGCUCCGAGUCUAUGAUUCUUCGGUUGGUGAUGACCGGGAUACCACGGUCAGCACGGUUCGUCUGGCCUUCAUACUCCACGGUCCUCGAAUCGCUGACGAAGCUGCUGCUGGGGAAGAUGACGAUCCUUGUUGUCGGCCGCACAGUCCUGUCGAUCGUCAGCACACUGCCCUAAACUUCUCCGGUCGAUCUACGCUCCAAAUCCGGGUUGUGCGCUGGAACGUUCUCGAAAGGGGAGAGGAAGAUCACUUGCUCCCAAUAAAUAUUCUAUUUUCAAAUGCGGUCUUAAUUCUGCUUGAAGGUGGAAUGCCUCCACGUAGGCGUGAGAAAUACUCAACUUUACCGAAAAAUCAAAAACGAGAUGCGUUUUGCAGCGAACGACGCCCUCACCCAAAUAUGUAA